AUGCCUUUUGGAUUAAAGAAUGCCAGAGCUUCGUAUCAGAGGCUGGUGAACAAAAUAUUCAUUCAACAGAUUGGCAGGAACAUGGAAGUAUACGUGAAUGAUAUGCUCAUCAAGAGUAAGGAAGAGCUCACACAUCUGGACGACCUAAAAGAGACGUUUGCCACCCUUAAAAAAUACCAAAUGAGGUUGAAUUCUAGUAAGUGUGUUUUUGGUGUAGUUUCAAGGAAAUUCUUGGGAUUCAUGGUGUCCCAAAAAGGAAUAGAAGCAAAUCCGGAGAAAGUCCAAGCCAUAAUCAACAUAGCAUCGCCCAGAACCGUCAAGGAAGUCCAAAAGCUCACAGGAAGGAUUGCAGCUUUAAACAAGUUCGUCUCUAGAGCUACGGACAAGUGCGUACCCUUUUUCAAUACCUUGAAACAGGCUUUCGCCUGGACCGAAGAAUGUGAAGCAGCGUUCCAAGAACUCAAACGUUACCUAAGUAUUCCACCCCUCUUAAGCCCGUCCAAAGAAGGGGAAGACCUAUAUUUGUACCUGGCAGUGUCAGCUCCAGUAGUGAGUGCAGCCUUGAUUAGAGAAGAAGGCAAGAAACAGCUCCCAGUUUACUAUGUCAGCCAAGCUUUCCAAGGGGCUGAGUCCAGAACAGCCAUCAAGGCGCAAGCUUUGGCAGACUUCAUCGCAAAGUUCAUUUUUUCGAACGAGGAUAGCCUCACCGACGAAGUCGAGCAUUGGACGAUACAGACUGAUGGUUCGUCAGCCCAAAGGAGGGGGGGAGUAGGAGUCGUCAUAACCACCCUCAACGGAAAGAUACUCAAGUAUGGAGUUCAACUGAAAUUUCUGGCUACCAACAACAAAGCUGAAUACGAAGGGAUACUGACGGGAUUAAGGCUCGGAAAGGCGCUUGGAGCUAAGGACCUAUUAGUCCAAAAUAAUUCAAAGCUAGUGAUCGGGCAGAUCAGGGGGGAGUACGAAGCAAAGGAAGAGAGAAUGCAGAAAUACCUCAGGCUGACGAAACAUCUGACUCAGGAGUUCGAUACGGUGGAAUUCGUACAGAUCCCAAGAAGUCAGAAUAUGGCGGCAGAUGAAGUCUCGAAGCUAGCAUCGUCAGAAGAAGGGGAGAUUAGCAUGGACUUGGCGAUGGAAGUCAAGAAGCACCCCAGCAUUGAAGAAGUCCCAACAUUCAUAAUCCAGAGCGCAAACAGCUGGAUGACACCAAUAAUAUCUUUCCUCCAGGACGGGCACCUCCCUCAGAAUACAAAAGAAGCUAAAAAGAUCAGGAAGAGGGCGGCCAAAUUUACGAUCCUUAACGAUGCCUUAUAUAAGAGAGGCUUCUCCAUGCCUUACUUGAAGUGUGUCGUCAAAGAAGAAGCAAGAUACAUACUGGAAGAAAUCCAUGGAGGAGUUUGCGGCGACCACGCCGGCCUCAGAUCCCUGAUAAACAAGUGGGUUGAGGUAAAGGCUCUAACAACAAUCACCAAGACAAGAAUUCGCAGCUUUUUGUGGAAGAAUAUAAUCUGCAGGUUCGGGAUUCCCUUGACGGUUAUAUCAAAUAAUGGGAGGCAGUUCGAUAACCAAGGCUUCAGAGACUUCUGUUCAAACCUUGGAAUCAAGAACUAG